AUGGCCAAGAAGGGGAAUCAACUUCAGAGCCUGUCAAAAGUGUUUGUUCUGCUCAGCGUUAUGACAGUCAAGACCAAUCCACUUGAGACGGGUAAGAAGAUGGAAGGUCAAUUUCAGAUGUAUUCCGUCGCCGAUUCAGCUACUUGACACGUUUUGCCAUUACUGUGAAGAACUGCCUUGUGCGCGUAAUUUAUUUGUUGCUCCUGGCUCUCUCAUUGCGCCACUGGGCUUUUGUAAAUUAAAACAGUGUGUCUUUCUGAGUCAUUGUAAUGAAGCAUCAAUAUUAUAUUCGUUACCUAAAUAGCCGUUGAUUUGAACUCUGUUUUCUGAAACAAAUUGCCAUUCAAACAAGCAGAUACCAUGGAUAAGAAAAGAAGGCAUAAGGGAUGACCAAGGAGUUAGGGGAUAGGCCAGCAGCUGAAUGAUCAUUUGUCAUGUGACAAUUCUUAAUUUGUGAAAUAAUAGUUUACACAGGGGUUUGAAUGCGUUUUAUUCAACUUUAAUUAAUGAAAUAUUUAGUUUUCUUUUUGUUCACUUGUAUUCCACAGAAAUAGCCUACAGACUUUUGACAUUAAACUUAAUUAACUUUUCAGAAAUCUAUGCUUUUAUCAUUAUCAACAAAAUAUAAUAAUUGGGAAAGAAACAUCAGGAGUUGCCCCAUGCCACCAUAGUUGUCUUUUCCCCACUGGACUUUAUCCCAGUGAGAACAUACCAGAGCUGUUUAUUUUUACCUGUAAAACCCUUUAUUGGGGACUUGCUGUUCUGCUGUUGUCCAUGUUUUGGACAGUGCUUCUCUUGCGGGCAACGUGUUUAUUUGGGUAGUGUUGUUGGACUGGUGAUUUCCCAUCAGUAGUACUUCCCAGUCCUCUUCCUUGGAACAUUCCGGGAGGUCAGUGCAGGAGGAUCCAGUGGUUGCCUGGGGAAACAGAGCUUAUAAACCCAGGAAGGGGUUGUAAAUCUUCCCAUUAUCUGGCUCACUGUCCAGAGUGGGUGUGUAGCAGCAUCAGUUGGCCCCCAGCCACCAUAGCCAAGAUGUCUGGACUUUUACAUGGCACAGGGAUAGUAUACUGGACCUGUAACUGCAGGGUUGCUGGCUCAGGUCCUGUUCUGGUUAUUUGUUUCUUCUAUUCACCUGUAACAAUCAGCUGUAGACUAACUCAGUUGUGUUUUAGUUUGUCAUAGUUUUUAAUAUUUCAGUAUAGGUCAAUGGGACUGUGGAGAAACAGAGAGAUGUUUACACAUCACAUCCUCACAGACAAGUAGUUUGCUCCUUCAUUCUACUUACAUUUAUACAUCUGUUGGUUUUCCUCCAGUCAACGUGGUGGACUUCUGUGGCCAGAACAUCCGGGGCGAUGGGAUGAUCGUCAACUCACACCAGGAGUCCAAGAAGUACUAUUUUGUCACCAUGGGAACGGACUGCCAUCUCACCAUGCAGGCCGCCUCCCCCAAGGACAAGGUGCCCACCACUAGCCACACCCCCUCCCUUUUGUGCUCACUAUACACAUGUAUGCCUAAUAUCCCAAAUCAACUCCUAGUCCUUGUAUAGAUCUUAAAGGUUUGGAUAGGUAUAUGCAAUAUGGUAAUAUGUUCACCUUGACUUCUUACACCUAUCCACUCCUCUCAGAUCCAAGGCAAGGGUUAGGGGUGAUAAUCCCAAUAUUUUACACAUUAUCUUCCUUGCAAUGUCUGUCAGCUAAACAUGCCCCCCCUCCUCCUCUCCCCCUGAAGGUCCAGUUCCACUUCCGCUUCUUCCUGGUCUACAGCCUGCUUCGUUUAGCACCCCAAAGUCCAUCCCCCCUCUUCCCUGAGUCCCCCCGGGGCACUCAAUUGGAGCCCUCGACUCCAGUGGUGGAUCCAGGGGACCCGUGUCAUGCGGGGUCAUACAUUCAGUUCUAUGACGGGCGGGACAAGAACUCACCUCCUAUUGGACCAACGCUGUGUGGGAAGAGCCCACCUCGCCCGGUGCUGUCCACGGGGAAUCACCUGACCCUGCGUCUGGUGACCCGAGGUACUCUGCCUCGAGUGGAUUUCGUGGGGGACUUCACCUCCUUCAGACUGGGUGAGACAUGACGCCAGCCACGUGGGCCUGAGUGGGCCCGGGCCCACCCACUGGGGAGCCAGGCCCACCGAAUCAGAUUGAGCAAAAAAAAUAAACACUUGUUAGUGUUUUCCGAAAUGUAUUUGUCUUUUUACCUAAACAUGCAAACACCAUCCGAUAGAAUUCAUAGCAAGCAGUGCACUGGAAUGACAUUCAGAUGAACUGGAAUGACAUUCACUCUCAUGGGAAAGGUUGCCAAAAAUAACUAACUGAACGCCACACCCCUAAUAAGCUACGAAUAUGACUGCAUUGAGGCAUAUGUCACUGUGCUUCUAUGGCUAUAUACACCAUGCCACUGCCAGCUUCAUUUGUUAAUUUAGCAAACAAGACAGCCCAUAAUCCAGUGCCUCUAUCACAGUCAACACACCUAUAUUUUAGCUUUAAUUCGUUUUAAAAAUGCAACAUUUUCUGUCAGCCUCAUGGUAAAAUGUGUAGAAUAGCAUGAAAUUAGCUACACAACUUCACAUUUUCCUCUCUGCCCCAUGGUAAAAUGUGUAGAAUUGCAGGAAAUUAGCCCCCCCCCAAAAAAAAUAAUUUUAUAAUCUAACUCAUCAACACAAUUGUAGCCUACUCACGAGCUGUAGUUUGUGCAGUUUGUAACCAAUCAAAUGUACCAUCUUGGUCUAUCCAUUUUCAGGUUUUAACCAUUCAGCGUGCAGCGGUGAGCCUUACUUCCCAUGUCGUAAUGGGAAGUGUAUCCCCAUGAGUCUGGUGUGUGAUGACAAGGGCAUCGAUAACUGUGGGGACGGGAGCGACCUGGAGGAUCACCUGCCCUCAGGGUGCAAAGGUCACUCAGGUAUCACACCUGUGCAGCUACCUGUUCAACAGGCCUUUAAAGUUGGUCUAUGUAGCCCCUAACACACUUCAGACUAAAUCUCACUAUUAUUACACUAUUCCACUUUUUAUAAACUUUUAAAGGAGUGGGCCAGUCCCACUCCUCACAUAUUUGUUUAUUGGUUAGGACACAAGUAGAGAGGAAGAGGAGAGUGUCCUGAAAAAGCGGUAGGCCGCAUCCGAACCCAUACUGCAGCAGUAGACAGUAUGUGCAACGGCUUAGAUCACAAGACCACCUUAAGCCACCCAAUUGUAUUAUUCUACCACUCUUCUAACCUGUACAACGUUUUGUUACUGUAAAUUGGACUGUGUUCUCAGUCACCUUACCUAGUAAAGAAAAGGUAAAUAACACCUGUGUCAUCUCCUCAGCAGGUCAGCUGACCCCAGCUCAAGCCCCUCCCCCAGCAGUGACCCCACCCCCUCCUGUCUUAAACUCGCCCACUUUGCCCAUGUCCACCUAUAGGAACUGUGGCACUCCGGACGGCAUACCCAAUCACAACUCAGUGACAGGUGAGUGACAACUGGUACAGAAUAAAUAGCUCAACCCAAACUGCUUUACUUGUACUGUAUCUCACAGUGGCUUUCUUCAAAGAUCCCUUACUUCUUAACUGCUGGGUAAGCCACACAACUUGUGUAGGGAAUGGGGUAUUGUUUGUGUCUGGAAACUCUAUUUCAGCACAAAGUAACGGGAACCUAAUUGAAAUGCAAAGCACAUCAAUGACAGGGGGCAUAAAACUAAUUGGGAUGCCCAUAGCUCUUAACUUCCACCUUACUGGUUGUAAACCAAUAAACUGUGAUGGAUUCUCAGUGGUGAAUAUGACCCCUUUGAGUUCCCAGUCACCAUUGUUGCUUUUCUAAUGACACUGGUGCAAAUAGAUACUGAGGCUAGAUUGCCUUUUUGUCUGUGCCAAGCCACCAGAUGUCCAGCCAAGACUACAAAAGUUAUUUUAUUCAUUCCCGAGUGACGCAGUGGUCUAAGGCACUGCAUCACAGUGCUAGCUGUGCCACUAGAGAUCCUGGUUCGAAUCCAGGCUCUGUCGUAGCCGGCCGCAACCGGGAGACCCAUGGGGCGGCGCACAAUUGGCCCAGCGUCGUCCAGGGUAGGGGAGGGAAUGGCCGGCAGGGAUGUAGCUCAGUUGGUAGAGCAUGGCAUUUGCAACGCCAGGGUUGUGGGUUCGAUUCCCACGGGGGGCCAGUAUGAAAAAAAAAAAAAAAAAAAAAAGUAUAAAAUAAUGUCGCUCUGGAUAAGAGCAUCUGCUAAAAUGUAAAUGUGAAAUGUCUGGCGAAGGGGAGAAAAAAUUGGCUGUGGAAAUGGCCAGUCAUUUGUUAACAGGACAUGUGUGUAAAUUGUAUAUUUUUUGUCUUAAAUUGAAGGAUGAUUUGAUCAUCGAAGAAUACAAGGAAAAGUCUUUACUGUGAUUUGGCAACAAAGUAUUUGGAUGGUUUUACUAUUACAAGCAAGCAGAUCCCAUUGCUAACUGUACUCUGCUUUCAUCCCUGUACACUCCCACAGAUUCUCCUCCCUACCUGUCCCUGUUGGCGCUCUACAUUGUCCUGGGUGUGAUAGCUGGUGUGGUCCUGCUGUGCUGGUGCUGCUGGUCUCCAGGUUGGUUCCUCUGGAGGAUCAGCAUUUGCCGCUUCUUACCCUGCUGUAACUCAGCCUGUGCCUCCUGCCAACUCUGUGCCCGUAGCUGUGUCCAGAACAAGGAGCACCGACCAGCUAAGGUCUCACCACAAGGAGAGGUCCCAACCAACAGUGCUGCAUUGGCCCCCCUCACCACAUCCACGGCUAACGCCACCACACUCGCU